CGUAAACCAGUGUGGUUACGUAUUCUCUCGUAAGUGGAGGAACAGAGAAAGGGAGAGCAGGGUGAAAAAGAAGGAUAGAAAAGGGGGGGAGAGAAAAAGAGCGAGAAAGAGUAAGAGAGGAAAGGUGGAGGUAGUAGUAGCGGAGGAGAGGACAAAUUGACGAACGUACGUCGCGGAUCUUUUGGCGGAUACACUACUUGUCGUUGCUGCUGCUGCCGUUGCCGUUACCGGUACCACACUGCCGUUAUCGAUGCUCAGUCGCAGCAUCGGCUACGAUCGAACGGGAGUUUGAUUUUCGUUCUCUCUCGUCGUGUCUCUGUAUCACGCGCGAUCUUUUCCCUCGCGCAAAACCAUCGUACGGAACAGAACUAUCGGUUCACAGACUCUUUGCCGUGAGAAAUACGAUAUUUCAUGGACUCUUUGUGUUACUCUUCAUUGAACGACCGCUGAACGAGCCGCGCGAAUAAUCACAGUUACCGAUCGGAUCGUUUGCCCCAAUUUGCGGUAUGCCACUCGAGAGCGAUCAUCUGUUGUCGUCGCGCGAUCGUCGCGAUUGAAUCGAUGUAAACGCCACGCAGAAAAGUCGCGGUACCGGUGAAUUGUGCUGAGUGACGGAUCUCGUUUCAUCGUAUCGAGAAUAAUUUUGCUCCGAAGAAUAAUUACCGAAAAUACGAGCGACGACCGGUGUCGAUGAUAAACGGUGCUCCGUCGAUCGUUGGGUGGUUCAAACGCAGGAUCUAACGAUUAGUGUGCGAACGUAACAAGAGGAGGGGCCAGUGCCAAAGAACACGCACGGCCAAGCUUAACACGCGACAAGGGCAGAAGGCGGGCUUGAUAAGGCGAUAACGCGGCUGCCGGGAUGCGGCACGAGGAGCCGCUAAGCUGCAGCUAACACGUGGCGACUCCGCACGCACUCCGCGAUCGCUAGAAAAGCGUAUCUCAUCGUGAGAGGCUGGGACCUCCAGGAUGCCAGGGGUGUGGAGGUUGCUACGUAUGCUGAUCUAUAUGGUGGUUGGCUUGAAGAGCGUUGGUAGCAAUAGCGACAUUUGGCCGCUAGAAAGGCCAGAGGGAAUGCCAGCCAUACAAUCUCUCGAAGUGAUGUGUGGAAAGGAUCACAUGGAUGUACAUCUCUCGUUCUCACAACCCUUCGAGGGCAUCGUCUCGUCCAAAGGCCAACACGCCGAUCCGCGAUGCGUCUACGUUCCACCGUCCACUGGCCAGACUUUCUUCUCCUUUCGGAUAGCCUACGCGAGAUGCGGUACCAAGCCGGAUAUGCAUGGACAGUUCUAUGAGAACACUGUUGUCGUUCAGUACGAUAAAGAUUUGCUCGAAGUCUGGGACGAGGCCAAACGACUGCGAUGCGAAUGGUUCAACGAUUACGAAAAGACUGCUUCGAAACCGCCAAUGGUUAUCGCAGAUCUCGACGUAAUACAGUUAGACUUCAGAGGCGACAACGUGGAUUGUUGGAUGGAAAUUCAACAUGGCAAGGGACCAUGGGCACCUCCGGUUUCCGGAAUAGUACCGCUCGGCUCUACUCUCACCCUAGUCGUCGCUAUAAACGAUUAUCGAGGAGAAUUCGACAUGCGCGUCAAGUCGUGCGUGGCCUCGGACGGCGGUGGACACACGAUACAGCUGAGCGACGAGUUCGGAUGCGUGCUGAGGCCGAAGAUGAUCAGCCGAUUCUUGAAAGCACGGGGUUCCGACGAUCGGGCGACGGUCAUCACUUACGCCUUCUUCCACGCGUUCAAGUUCCCGGACGCGUUGAGCGUGCACAUCAAGUGCAAGGUUGAGAUCUGUCGUCACGGCUGUUUGGAUCACUGUCAGCUCAGUGGAUCCGUUGGCCACUACAUUCAAGAGCGCAAGGAUCAGAUACGACCGCAAUACCCGCAAACCACGGUACCGCCCACCGUUCACAACAACGAGGACAACAGUGCCGACAAGAGUAACGAAAACGUAGGUGGUGGAACCGAGCAAGGUGAUGGCUCCCUUUACGACGACAUUAUUCAAGAUGGUGAUGAGAUGACCUCGAUAGGAGGUCAUUUCUUGGGGGUCGAGAAAUCAGUCCCGAAAGCACAGGCGCAGACAAGCAACCGGCUACCGGCGCCAGUAGUCGAGAUACCAAACGAGGAAGUUCAUUUGGAUGACGCUGAUCUUUCAAGACCAUUCGUAGAUCCUCCACGGAUGACACGAUACGAGAGUGAUCAAGACCAAUUCCCGCACGGGCCUCGGAAUCUCGAGGGUGACAGCAGCGCGAUACCCGUGAUACCUCUCUCGUCUGCGAGCGGCAGACGAAGGAGAUCGGUCGUGGUAUCCGAUAGGAAAAUCCGCAGCGCCGAUGUCGGCGUCAGUGGUUUGUACGAGGUGAUCUCCGAAGCCGAUCUAGCCUUUAGCCCGGACACACACGCAGAAGCAGUAACGGUCUUUCAAGGUAGAAUACGCGAGGAAGUAGUUUAUGGUAUCUGCCUGCCGAUGCCCGGUUUCAGCGCGCUGUUUAUCGUCGUGGCGCUUUCUGCAGUCAUUUCCGCGCUUGUCGCCGGCGCGAUGCUGCAUCGGUUGCAAGCGCAACGCGAGGCAGUCGACAGCAGAAAGAACAAUAGAGCGGUUCACUCGACCAACGGUUGGCUACCUUACGGAUUGCUGCGCGUACGCUGCACGACGAGACCAACUCAUCUGGAACAAAUUCAACAAAAACAAACGAAUCCAGUCGCCACGAGUCCUUCGGUCGAGAGAGGUUGACGAUUCGUGACUUUUGUGUCGCUAGUGGGACGCGGCCGUGUACGCUCCACGAAAGACAAUGUACAAUAAUACGCUGUACAAAGUAUUUUAAGUGCGUCAAAUCACGUGCGACAGGUUCUUUUUGCGAAUGAUUUCGAGACGAUCGUAUUUCCUUCGAGGGAGGAUUCUGUGAGGGAAAUUUUUUCAUAGAUAUUCUCCUUUUUCUUUUCACACGAACUCGUAAACGAAAGCAUUGCUAGAUGAUUAUUGUCGAGAGGCAAUUAUUGGUAUUGGGUAAGUAAAGAGCAUAAUCACGCAGGAUAAUAUUUGAUCUAGAACAAACGUAUACAAUUCGCAAGGGGAUCUCCAUCAAAGGGGACAAUGUGACAGCCAAUCGCUGUGAAUAUUGUAGAAAUGAUAUUUCAUUUUAAAUAUUGCGAAUGAUAUUAGUGGAAAUGUUUUGUUUUCUUUAUUCGAUGUUUCGUUAGUCGAGUCCAAGACGAUAGGGAAAAUGCUUUCGCCGCGUAUAUUUUUCUUUAGGUAAUUCGUUAACGAAAAGGUGCGUAUUAGUAUUUUCUAUGAGUCUGUAGAGUACGAACUAAUGCAAUUACAAUGAUUUAUUGUUCUAUCGUAAGUCGUAAUAUGCCUUGCAGCAUUGCGCGUCUGUUAUCUAUUUAAUGAUAAAUUCACUAGAGGUGCUGAUAACGAUAUUUGUUAGUUAUAAUAGAAAUCGAACGGCGUUCGAUAUAAUAAAAAUUAGUAUGCUACAACAGUGUAGGAAUGACUAUUGAAUAUAUACAAUUUUGUAAACUAUACGUAGUCUUUAUAUUUUUAUUUAAAAUAUUUCUCUUAGAAAUUGACAUUUUGAUAUUUAUUAUUGACAGAUAAUAAUAAAUAUUGUACAUAAAAGGAAAAUAUUUUUUACAAAAAUUUAAUGUUAAUCUGCCUUUGAAUAAUUUAUAUACAUUCAUAUACUACGAUUAAUGAUGAUGUUACA